AUGUCGUCCAAAGUGGUCUCAUCUGUUCUCGUGGAGCAAGCAUCUUCCAAGCCAAUGUUGAAGCCUACUGAGAUCGUAAAGGAUUUUAAGAAAUAUUAUGGAUUGGAUAUUUCGUACUAUAAUGCGUGGUACGGGAAGGAAUCAGCCAAAAAAUUGAUGCAUGGUGACGAAUUGUUGUCAUACAAUCACUUGGCUUGGCCUAUGUUAUUUCUUGAUGGAACAUUUAUCAAGAACAAAUACAAGGGUCGCUUGCCGCUACCGGGAAAAAUGGAAACCAAGGUCAUAUUGUUGGAAGAUUAUCCACUGCUAUGUAUAUAUCCUUUAGCCUUUGCGGUUGUUAACUCUGAAAAUGAAGAGAACUGGUCUUGGUUCCUCCAAAACUUGUCAAAAAUCGUCACUCCUCAAGGAAGAACCAUUACAUUCAUAUCUGAUCGACAAAAGGGGUUGAUCGAAGCAGUGGCAUCAGUAUUUCCACAAUCACCGCAUGCAUUUUGUUACCACCACUUGAAGCAAAACAUACUUCUUAAGUACCCAUCCUCCCUGGGUAAGUCGUAUCGCGACUGGAUCAUUCAGCUUUUUGGGAAAUGUGCAUAUGCUCCUACCGAGGAUGCAUUUGAAAUGCAUCUGAGGACGUUAAUGGAGGAAGGUGGUGCUGUAAUGAGGGAUUUCUUGAAAACGCUUCCAAAAGAAAAUUGGGCAGCCGCUCAUUUUCCAGGCCCAAAGUAUGGCGAAAUGUGUUCAAACGUAGCUGAAUCCUUCAAUGCAUGGAUUGUCGAUCAACGUUUUUUGCCCAUAUACCAGAUGCUUGAUGGAAUUAGGGCCAAGAUCAUGGAGAUGAAUGCACAAAGGAGGCGUGUAGCUGAGGGUUGGAAAACUUUCCUUUGCCCUGGAGACCAUUAUGCAAGAUUUGCUGGAAUGCGGGCGCCAUUGGGAUCUGUAGAAUGUGGCAAAUCAAGGGGUUUCCCCUGUGCCCAUGCACUUGCUGCUAUACUUAAGUCGGAGGGGAAUCCAUAUGAGUACGUGGAAGACUAUUUCAUGGCCCAGUUUUUUAAGAGUUGCUAUGAUAUACCAAUUGUGCCGAUUCCAGAUAUCGAUAGGUAUGCACAGGAGGAAAAUGAAGAAAUGCUGAUUAAUCCACCAUUGACAAAGAAACCUCCCGGAAGACCAAGGGUGAAGCGAAUCAAAUCAUCGGGGGAGCGGACAAGGCCAAUUACAUGUUCUAGGUGUGGAACCCUGGGUCACCACAACAGAAAGACUUGCACUGCCGAAAUAUGA